GAAGGACGAGACGAAGGCCGACCCUAACCUCCUCCUUUCCGUCUCAACUCUUGCGCAGCACGAGUUCGCGAGUCGGAGCCAGCAGCAGCAGCAGCAGCAGCAGCCGAAGAAGGGGAUUGCAGGCAGACCCAUCGAUGCGCGGAGCGAGGGAGUGAGUCCUCGAGCAAGCGGUUGUGCGAUUGAUCGAUCUUCCGGUGGAUUCACCGAGUGCCUCGAGCGAAGCGGGGCGGAGAUCGGAUCGUCGACCGAGCGAGGUUUGUAAGGAGGAGGAGGGAGGAGGAGCAGCCAUUGAGCGCAUUCAUAGAUGGUCGUAAACGCGUUGUGUUUGGAGUGUGUGAGAAAGAGCGGUAAGCAGCUAGAAAGGCCGACGAGGACGUUCGGUUGAAGCCGAGCGGACAAGGGAAUUUCGGCCGUCGGAGAGGGGAGGAAGGCGGAGAAGGAACAUGACGGGCAAAGCCAAGCCCAAGAAGCACACUGCCAAGGAAAUCGCGGCCAAGAUUGAUGCGGCCACGACCAAUAGGGGUGGGGGCAAAGCGGGUGUAGAGGACCGUAAGGCGUUGGAGAAAGGAGGUCAUGCGAAGCUGGCCUGUCCAAUUUGCAGGGUCACUGCACCUGAUUCGAAGAGUAUGCUGAUUCACCAUGAAGCUCGCCACCCGAAGAUGCCGUAUGAGGAGGAGAAGCUCAUCAAUCUGCAUGCUACUACGCCUGUGGAAGCAGAAUCAUCUAAGCCCAAACCCGGCGUCAGGGGCAGCUUGAAAAAGUGAACUGGGGUUGUACACCCUGAUCAUAGUUUGGAUGCAUUAGCGAGCCUCAUCUCUUGCCACGAAGGUAUGCACGGGACGUCAGCAAUGUCUGACGACUAGUUCCUGUCUGUCUGCUGUGGUUGGCUCUGUCUGUUGAAGUGAGUGCACGAAUUAGCUAUUGAAGAUUGGUCUGAGGGGAACGAAACCUGAGAAUCGAAUCAUAGUGGACGAGAUGUCAAACACUCUAAACACGCAAAGAAGAAUCAUCUUUCCCAAGUCGCCGAACAUCUGGACUGCCGCAGUGUCGCAAAUUGUACACAUUUUCAGGUGCACGAAGUGGAGUAUAGAUCAAGGCAUACGAAAGGAUAUAAACUGGAGAUUUGUGGUUUCCCAUUUCUUACCCGCACUACUCUGUUCUUGUCUUAGUGUGUGACUAGACUUAUCAAACUUUUUCUCCUGACGUCUCCUGUUAGACGCCAGCAGUUAAAUCCGAACUGAUAUUUGUUUUACUUCGGACGAAAUUGUAAACCUAAUUUUGGUGUUUGAGCCAGGUCACUGUUUUCUACAUACUGAGGUGGAUUGGCUGAGCAUGUUCCCAUUGAAUAGCCAUGAACUUUAUCAGACCUUCGCUUCAUCUAUUCUGACCAGGAAGGUUGCACUUUCAACUGCCGGAGCUUGAAUUCCCUAUCGUAUGUC